AACUUUUUCCAAAGAAAAAAGUGGAUGUGUUUGGCUGCAGAAGAGAUUUUUUUUUUACAGUGUGCAGCCUCUGAGCAGGAAGCAGGAAGGCCUGGCUGAAGCUAAAGAAGUGAAAGUAAAAGUACAAACUGCUGAAGAGAACAGCCGCUCUGACAAAGCAAAACGGAUCUUUUCCUUAAAUUCAGGUCAAGACUGAACCUAAAAUGCUUCACAGUUUAAAUCCCCACCAGGAAAAAACUGCAGGUUUCUGCUUUGAAAACAGCCGGAGGAAUGCGGUGUUGGAGUCCAGUUUGUCCAAGGUCAGCUACAAAGCUCCUCAUGCCAGAAAGACCGGGACGACCAUCGCUGGAAUCGUGUUCAAGGAUGGGGUGAUCCUGGGCGCUGACACUAGAGCUACAGACGAUAUGGUUGUGGCUGACAAAAACUGCAUGAAAAUUCACUACAUUGCUCCAAAAAUCUAUUGCUGUGGAGCCGGUGUGGCUGCAGACGCAGAGAUUGCAACCCAGAUGAUGGCAUCCAAUGUUGAGCUCCAUACACUCAACACAGGUCGACCCCCCCUGGUAGCCAUGGUAACAAGACAACUGAAACAGAUGCUGUUUAGAUACCAGGGUCACAUGGGUUCAUCGAUAAUUGUUGGAGGGGUCGAUGUGACUGGAGGUCACUUGUACAGUGUUUAUCCACAUGGUUCCUAUGAUAAACUUCCUUUCCUCACUAUGGGAUCCGGAGCUGCUUCUGCCGUUUCUGUUUUUGAGGACAGAUUCAAAGCAAACAUGGAGCUGGACGAAGCAAAGACGCUCGUAAGAGACGCCAUUACUGCAGGGAUCUUCUGUGAUUUGGGUUCGGGCAGCAAUGUGGAUUUGUGCAUCAUCACUGAAGCUGGAGCAGAGUACUUACGAGGUUACGACAAGCCGGCAGAGAAGGGGAAAAGAGAGGGACAGUACAGGUACAAACCUGGAACCACACCCGUCCUGACCAAAACUGAAACUGCUCUCAGUCUGGAUGUGGUCAACGAAACUGUUCAGCUGAUGGACACUGAAUAAGAUGAGAUCAUUAGACAUGUUCAAGUACGCAUAUAAGAAUCGUGACUCACAUUUAAUUACAUACUUUUUUUUUACCAAUAAGAAAUUCAUCCUUGGGGAUCUUUACAAACAAUACAUCUGAUUUAUGUUUGACCUCUUUUUGUUUUGUCUUAUUUUUGUGAUCUGGCUCCUCCCUCUCGGUUAAAAGCUGGACCAACUGGACAGUCAAAGUAAAAUUAUUUAUCAGUUCCAUUAGGAGGCUAUGAGCUUUCAAUAUGUGAUUUUACCAUGUUUGUGUGGAUACAUUCAAAUAAAGUCAAAUCAGUUCAAAUGUA